CACCAACCAAAUCGACCUUCCUCUACUAACACCCAACCCUCACAUGCUCACAUUCGUCUCGUGGGCUUUAAAUACAUCAAUCAGCAUCAGUCUGACUGAUUCUGCCAUCGAAUUGCUACUUUGUUCGUCAUAUCGUUGAAAUGGCUUCUCAUGAUGCGAAUGUCGAUGAUGAAGACCUCACUAUCCAUGCCUGCUGCGCGCCUAUUACCAACCUAGCUCGACCCAUUGAUUUCAGUGAGCUUGACGAGGAGGAAAACAGACCUUUCUUUCACUGGCCAAUCUUUGGACCAUUGAUAGUAGAGAACGAGAGCAGCGAUGCGCGAGAUCACUGCGCCAAUGAGAGAACGUUCCUCUCAUACCUUCGGUUGUCGAUAUACAUGGCCAUCGUCUCGGUAGCCAUCACACUUUCGUUCCACUUAAAGAACGAAGCCACACCGUUAGAGCUGAGAAUGGCAAAGCCUCUCGGGACGAUAUUCUGGGGACUUUCAGUCUUGACUCUGUUUGCUGGAAUGGGUAACUAUAUAACAACGGUCAACAAGUACAGCAAACGGGCGGCUAUUGUACAGAUUGGCUGGAAGACUCAUGCAGUUUUCAGUCUCACAGCAGUCUCAAUCAUAGGCACCUGUCUCAUCCUGCUCGUCAUUGCCAAGGUUCGACAACAAUCAUCGUCCAAUUCUUGACAUAUGUACCCAAAAGAGUUCUUGAAAUUGCAUCAAUACAUGUUCGCUACUCAAUAGCGCCUAACCUUCCAGUACCAACCAUGCAAAACCCCAUACAAUAGAUAGUGAAAAAUGGAAGCCGUCCAUAUCUUGGCUUCGGCUGUGGAUAGCAAUUCGUUAUGCUGUUUCCUUGAUGUCCUUGGCUUCAGUCGCUGUAUCUGCACUGGCCGUGCCCUUGUUCUUACAAAAGAGAUCACUGGCGUCUUUGUUGCGCCUCGGCUGUCCAAACUCGUCCUCAUCGUUUAUGGCGCUCGGUGGACACCCGCCAACCUCUUGACGGAAUUGUUUUGUAAGCUCCAUCGAGGUCGUUUCAAGCUCUGCAAGCGAUGUUGAUUUGCCAUUCCAUGAAAUGAGUGGCAAGUCACCUAAUGCCAGGAGGUCACCCUCACGAGGUAAUGUUGUGAGCAUAUCGACUGGGGACGCUGGGUCGAACUUUGACGUUGCACUAUCUGCCUCUCCGGUCUUAUCAUUUUCAUCGCCUUCGCCCAAGUACUCCUCUGGAGUAUUAGGAAGGUCACUGUGUGCUCCCAAGAUAGUGCUCGCUGUUUCCGGUCUCGGGUACAGAGUCACAUACCCCCGAAGCUGUGAUAGCUGAAGUACAUACUCUAACCAGGCCGGAUGUUUCUUGCUUGUACUCUUCUUGGCUAAGAAGGCUGGUGUUUCUGUUCCUGUUUGCUGCUUUUCUAAAAUGCGUGACACAUAGCCAUGCAGCUCAACCCAUUUGUCUCCCAUGAACAGAACAGCAUCGCUAGUUGGGGCCUGCCAAAAGAAAGGACUGGAACCGGUCUUUUCGUCCGCGUCCUCAGCUCGCGGGACUGUUAGGGGUGUUGUAUCAUCGAGAAGAGUACUGGGAGAAUAAAAACUGAUGCCCAUGAUGUUCUCAUUCCAGUCCUGAAGAAUGGAAGAGUGUGAGUAUAGGCUAUGAAGAAGGGUGUAUUUCACAUCUGGCUAUGUCAGUGCUGCCUGGUUAAGGCAUAGAAGAUUACGUACAGUUGAAGAAUUGAGGUGAGACCUCAGUGUGAGCCGCCAAGACAAGCACAUGAUUGUGUGACGGCUUGCUUGGCCAGAACGAUUCUAGAAAUCGAACUGAGCUCUCCUCCUCAUCCAUUUUCCGUGAUGAGAUUCGAUGACGAAGAGAAAGCAUUUGCGAUUGAGGGAGCUGUCCAGAAGCCUUGGAAGGCCAAUGGAAGCCAGACAAGAAGUUUUCCAAUGGCUUUUCUACAACUGGAGGCAGCUCGACUGUAAGCUGGGGAACCGACAGGGCACUCUUAUCGGCCUUGCGCAGCGAGGUGAGGAGUCUUUGUAGAUUGGCUGUGCCAACGGGAGGUGCCUGGACUAAUAUGUCGAAGUGCACUUUGUUCCAGGCUG